GUCGUUCACGUGGUUUGGGAAGACUUGUCCGGGUGCUCCCGGUAGUGGGAGGAGUCACCGUCGAGCAGACGUGGCAACACGCUACGUCAUCAGAGUGGGUCGGCGGUGUCUACUAUUCAUGGGUUAUUGAGCUAGUCCAGUUAGCAGUUUACAUACACAGCUGAGAAGAUGAUGGAAGAAAGUGGGAUCGAGACUACACCUCCUGCCAGCCCUACACCUCCUCUGACGGUGGCUGCCACCACAGCCAGCGGCCCACCACUCCCCAUCGGUCUCUCCAGUCCUCUGUCCCUCCCCGGCUCUGUCUCCAUUGGUUCACCUUCAGUCUCCACCUCUCUCCCUCCAGUUCCCUCCAAUCCUGCCUUCAGCAGCCCUCUGACUGCACCCCCUUCCCUCUCCUCCCAGUAUCCGCCUUCCUCUAUGCUUUCCUCGCCAUACACCAGCAGCUCCCCCUUCCCUCCCUCCGCCUCCCCCUCUGUGCCCCCUAUGGCCUCUUCCAUGAGACCACCACCUCCUGCGGCUGUCGGCCUGUCUGCUCCUCCCGUUGGCCCACCAGUGUCCACGUUUUCUAUGAGUGCAGGAUAUGACAUCACUCGGGGUCACGCGGGUCGAACACCACAGACACCACUGAUGCCAACCUUCUCCAGCCCCUCUGCCAUGCCAGGUGUUGUGUCCAACCCCAUGGUUCAGCAGCCAAUCAUGACAGGAAGAUUAGAUGCCGGAUCUCCAAUCACUUUCCCAGAGGAGCAGGAGGAUCUGAGAGGGUCUGGAGACAGCAACGCUGGUGGAGGCCUCUGGGGCUUUUUCAAGGGAGUAGCGGGUAACCCUGUAGUGAAGACAGUCCUGGAUAAGACCAAACACUCUGUGGAGUCUAUGAUCACUACUCUGGAUCCUGGCAUGGCUCCAUACAUCAAGUCUGGCGGGGACAUUGACAUAGUGGUGGCCUCAGAUAAGGAGAUGAACGUGGACGCAGUCAGAAACGCCUUCCAGGAGGUUUUUGGGAUGGCCAUGGUCACCGGAGAGCCUGGUCAGUCCAACAUCGCCCCUCAACCUGUGGGCUACGCAGCUGGUGUCAAGGGGGCUCAGGAGCGCAUUGACAGCCUCCGUCGAUCUGGAGUGAUUCAUGAGAAACAACCUGUGGUCUCCUUGGAAAACUUCAUUGCCGAGCUUUUUCCUGACAAGUGGUUUGACAUCGGCUGUUUAAUUUUGGAGGACCCUGGACACAAUGUCCGUAUUGAGGUCUUCACUCAGGCAACUCCUCUGGCUCUAGAUCACGUCCAGCAGGCUCAGUCCAUGACUCCUCCAGACUACAGCCUGCGCUGGUCCGGUCUGAUUGUUACAGUAGGUGAGGUCCUGGAGCGUAGCCUGCCCAACAUCAACAGAACUGACUGGCACCAGGCCAUGACAGGGAUGACCCAGCGUCAGAUGAUACACAGUGCAGCCAAAGCUCUGGCUGGACUCUACAAACAGCAGCUGCCGCCCAGGACUCUGUGAGGCGAGUGGUUCUAGUUCCGGUCCCAUACUUGGAGGAGAUGACGACAAGUUGGAGGAUAAACUAGCUGGUGGGGCAGAGGAUUCCACAUAGCUCCUCGUCUACCCUCCACCUGUCCUUGCAGGGCAAGCCAAAUGCACAUUUCUUUAAAGAUAUUUAUGUACGUGCCCACAGCUGUUUACUGACAUUCCAAUGUGUUUUACAAAAUCUGAUCACAUAUCAAAUCAAUACUUUGUUGAUGGAUGAAGAGAUUGGGAUGGUUAACUGGUUAACUCUUCAUCAUUCUUGGUCAUGGUGUCAACAGCACCUUUUGUGGCAAUAUUUCUUCUUUUGAUUAUGAUUGUUCUGGUUAUUGUAGAGACUGUGUCCCAGUAGUACUCUAUAUACUAGAGGUCACAGAUCCAGCAUUUGGGAAAACGUUAAAUAUGAAGAAAAGUAACAUGAGUCUACCUGAUGCAACGCGGACCUGACCUUGGUCCAUCUUCAACCAGUAAUUGAAUGGACCUGUGUCCUCUAUUUUCAAUUCUACUUGUACUAAUGUUUGUAGUGCACUAUUUUGGUUUUUAGUAUAAAAGAAACUAGUGAACUGUUUUGUAUUAACUGGAAAUUAUCGUUUCACAUAUCAAGAUCUAAGGGAAAUUUUAAAAAGUUUUACUUUUAACUAAGUUUUUGCCUAAAAGAUUUUAUAAAGUGCUGCUAGAGCUCUCAAUCUGCCGUCCACAAAAAAGAAAAUAAUUAAAUGUGUUCCUUACAAAUAUACCUGGGAAUGUGUAACACUUAAACAUUUUAAAUCUAGGUUUUAUCACAGAGCUGUAAGAACAGCUAAACAAUCUAAACCUACUUUACGAGGGCAUUUAUGGUUUUCUCUAAUUUUGAUCAUAUUAUCAUAUGUAUUCACUCAGAAAACGCUUAGUUUGUUGCCUUUUUUUUAACAUAAGCACACAACAUGAACUCCGGGCAUAGGAGGUCUCAGAGGCCUAUGACAGUUACAGCAGCUUUCAGAAGCACUGGAUCAGUAUUGAACAGUUGUGCUUUGAUCAUUGAGAGUUCAGUAAAGGCUGAAUAAUAUAAACUCAUGUUAAAGAGCUUUUGCAGGUCUGUUUAUGUUUAUGUGAUCGUGUUGACCUCACCACUGAGUGCAUUGUAACACACACUUGUUUGUGUUCAUCUUUCUCCGCCUUGCCCUCAACACCUCUGCAUGUUUUGUCUGCAUGCAGCUCCUUCUAUUGGCACAAAUUCCAAAGUCUGGAAUAGAUGAGUGCGACUGGGACACAGCAAGAAAGUCACAUGAGUCAAAGGAUGUUGUCAUGUUUUAGCUACAAUGUAUUGCUUUAAAAAAUAAUAUCACAGUUAUUCAUUUUUGCUUGUUUUCUUGCAUUACAUUUAACCACCCCAACUGUUGUGAAGAACACACUCUGACCCACUGGUAACCAUAGCAGGAUAUUAACAGUAGCCUGGGAUUCAAUUAGUAGGACAUUAAUUUAUUUUCUGCAGUUUCAGACACUGUCAGGAACAGAAGUUAUUCAUACGGUAGACUAAGCACCAGUCUGUUUGUGACUAUGGGCGGAUAGAACGUUCUGCUGUGUGAUUUGUUCUGUAAAUGUGCCUUUUACACAAAUAAAAAAAAAAAAACUUUUUCAUGUGAGGUUACAAGAUGAAAAGUUGUUACUGA